AUGGUGGCCAGAGCCGGGGUGGAUGAUGAAGCAACGGUCUCGCGGUUGAAGACGAACAGCGACGGCGCGGGUAACAGUGGAGGUCAGAGGGCGUGGCGGUACGCUGAGGACGGCCGGCGAGGCAUGGCGGUCGAGGUCGCCAAGAAAGGGAGGCAGCAGGGGUGCGGCGAUGCGGAUGGCCUUGCGGGCCAUGCCGGGGACGGGCGAAGCGGUGACGAGGAGGCCGGGGUGCAGAAGAUGGCGAUGAGGAGAAGCAAGAGGAGAGGCAGCGCAGGAGGUCCGGCGCGGCGUCCUAGCGAGGCACGGUGCGGAGGAGGUGAUGGGCAGAGACGGGUGGGAUGA